UAAUUGUUAUCUGUGCUGCUCCAGCUCCUCCACCCCUCCCCUCCCUACAUAAUCUUUUAGGCAUGCUAUAGAGCAGCCUUUCUCAACCAGGGUGCCCAGGCACCUUGGGGGGUGCCUUGGCAAAAUGUCUAAAAAUUGCCCAAAACUUGUAUACAAGCCAGCGGGUGGAACAAGUCUGCCUUCUAGUUACACAAAGCCACAGGUUUUCAUUGUGCACCAUUAUGACUUUCUAGCCGCCAGCAUCCUGACAACCAAUGACAUCAUCAGUUGA